AUGGCAUCAUCUACCUCGACUUCUGAUGGUGGACAGAAUUCAACAGUUAACACUACCCAAACUCAGCCGCAAGCGAACUUCGAUACGUCGUUGGCUUCACUACGACGACACAUCAUGGAGGGAAACUUCAAUAAAGCAAUUGUCGAAGUCGAAAAGUUGGGCCUCAUGAAUGAAGAUUUAUCCCAUACGCCACGACUGGCAAUUCAAGUCGUCGACCCGCCACCUGAAGCCGCCGAUCCGCCAACUGUUCGCAGAUGA